AUACUUUCAACAAACCUCCACUGUGUCAUUCGUAGGCCGGCGUUGCCAUCAGAAGAAAGACGAGUGUUUUUGAUUCUUACGCAUCUGACAGUCCAAGGUGUUCGGUUGCUAGGCAUGUCCUUGGUGCGAAGCCAUGGUAUGCGUGUGAGGGUAUGGUAACUUCUCCACUCGUAGAUGCAGGACAGCGUGGUAAGAUAUUGUCGCAUGUUCUCAGGCGACACAGUUACAGUUCGUGGUUUGCAUGGGUUUACGAUGCAUCAUGUUGAUCUUAUUCCCGUGCUGCUCGCCGUGGAAGGAUGACGAUCGAUUGACGUCUUCGCUCGGUGAUCGACAUCGCCCAUUGCUGCUGGACAUGACUAGUUGUGCGCGCCAUCGGAAGUGGCCGGCGAAGCUAUCGGGGACGCGUUUGCUAUCACGCAUCAGCAUCGCGACUUCCGUCAGUUGCCGGCGCACUCCGUCAGCAGCCCCAGAUAUCCACGAAUCCCUCUGAAAAUCAUUACCACGGCGAU